AUGAUGAUUACCAUUGGCAUCGCGGUGGGGGUGGCAGUCAUUGUGUUCAUUAGCGCCUUAAUUCAGGGCUUACAAUCGAAUAUUGUAGAAAGGACUUUAGGGACGCAGGCGCAUAUUCGUUUGCUUUCACCAGAUGAGGUGAAUCACAUUGUGCCACCAGCAGCAGGAACACUUCAGUUGUUACAAGAAGAUCAGCGUGCGCAACGCUUACGCUCUAUUAAUAAUUGGCAGCAGAUUACUGAGACUUUAGAUCAGUUGCCCGUGUUGACGGCGGUUUCUCCUGUGGUCUCUGGUCCUGCAUUUGUACAGCGUGGAGAGGCGAUUCAAUCGGUUGCUUUGGUUGGUAUCAAUCUUGAACGUUAUCAACAAAUUAUUCCGUUAAAGCAAUAUAUGGUGAGUGGUGAAUUACGGGUCAGUGCGGAUAAUGUAUUAAUUGGGCGUCAAUUGGCCAAAGAUUUGGGUGUGCAAGUCGGGAGCAAAUUAAGGUUAGAUACUGGGCAACAGAAAAAUGCAGUGGUGAAUAUCUCUGGAAUAUUUGAACUGGGCGUGCGUGAAUUGGAUGCGCGCUAUGUCUAUCUGGAUUUGAAACAGGCGCAAUCUUUACUUAAUUUGCCAGGUGGCGUGACCGUGAUUGAUCUGACGAUUCAGGAUAUUUUUCAGGCGGAUCAAAUUGCCUCACAAGUUGGACGCCUGACAGGAUUAAAAGCAGAAAGCUGGAUUGAAACCAAUGCUCAAUUAAUGAAUGCGAUUACCGCUCAAAGUCUUUCGACCAACAUGAUUAUUGUUUUUGUAGGGAUUUCAGUCGCUUUUGGCAUUGCGAGUGUGAUGUCGGUGAGUGUGGUGCAACGGACUCGGGAAAUCGGUAUUUUACGUGCGACUGGGGCGACACAAGCGCAAAUUUUAAGAGUUUUCUUGUUUCAGGGAGCAAUUUUUGGUCUGCUUGGUUCGAUGCUUGGUAGUGUAGUCAAUUAUGGUUUGAUCUGGGGAUUUAACCAGUUUGGUCCCGGCUUGUUUUAUAUUUCGAUUUCAAUCAAGCUUAUCUUGUCGGCAUUAUUCUUGGCGACACUGACAGGUGUUUUGGCUGCUGCAAUACCAUCCCGUCGGGCUGCUGCACUUGAUCCUGUGGAGGCAAUUCGUCAUGUUUGA